AGGGCGCCAAGGGCAACAUGGGCGAGCCAGGAGAGCCCGGGCAGAAGGGACGACAGGGAGACCCAGGCAUCGAAGGCCCCAUUGGAUUCCCAGGACCCAAGGGUGUUCCUGGUUUCAAAGGAGAGAAGGGUGAAUUUGGAGCCGAGGGGCGGAAGGGGGCCCCUGGCCUGGCCGGCAAGAACGGGACCGAUGGACAGAAGGGCAAGCUGGGGCGCAUCGGGCCUCCGGGCUGCAAGGGAGACCCAGGGAGUCGGGGCCCCGAUGGAUACGCAGGGGAAGCCGGCAACCCUGGGGAGCAAGGGGACCAGGGCAUCAAGGGAGAUGCUGGUCGCCCAGGACGCAGAGGACCCCCAGGAGACAGCGGGGCCAAAGGAAGCAAGGGUUACCAAGGCAAUGACGGAUCCCCGGGAAGUCCCGGUGUGAAAGGAGCCAAGGGUGGACCUGGGCCCCGAGGACCCAAAGGCGAGCCUGGGCGCAGGGGGGACCCAGGAGCCAAGGGCAGCCCAGGCAGCAACGGCCCCAAGGGUGAGAAGGGAGACCCUGGCCCUGAGGGUCCCCGGGGUCUGGCUGGGGAGGUUGGCAACAAAGGAGCCAAGGGAGACCGAGGCUUGCCUGGACCCAGAGGCCCUCAGGGGGCUCUGGGCGAGCCCGGGAAUAAGGGAUCUCGGGGAGACCCCGGUGACGCUGGUCCCCGUGGAGAGUCAGGACAGCCUGGUCCCAAGGGAGACCCCGGCAGGCCUGGAUUUAGCUACCCAGGACCCCGAGGAACACCCGGAGAGAAAGGCGAGGCUGGCCCACCCGGCCCUGAGGGGGGCAGAGGUGACUUUGGUCCCAAAGGAGAGCCCGGGAGGAAAGGCGAGAAGGGCGAGCCUGCAGAUCCCGGUCCCCCUGGUGAGCCCGGCCCUCGGGGGCCGAGAGGAUCCCCAGGACCCGAGGGAGAGCCCGGCCCCCCUGGAGACCCCGGCCUCACGGAGUGUGAUGUCAUGACCUACGUGAGGGAGACGUGCGGGUGUUGCGACUGCGAGAAGCGGUGUGGGGCCCUGGACGUGGUGUUCGUCAUCGACAGCUCCGAGAGCAUUGGCUACACCAACUUCACCCUGGAGAAGAACUUCGUCAUCAAUGUGGUCAACAGGCUGGGGGCCAUUGCCAAGGACCCCAAGUCAGAGACGGGGACCCGCGUGGGCGUGGUGCAGUACAGCCAUGAGGGCACCUUUGAGGCCAUCCAGCUGGACGAUGAGCGCAUCGACUCGCUAUCCAGCUUCAAGGAGGCCGUCAAGAACCUGGAGUGGAUUGCCGGCGGCACCUGGACACCCUCAGCCCUCAAGUUCGCCUACAACCAGCUCAUCAAGGAGAGCCGGCGCCAGAAGACCCGCGUGUUUGCGGUGGUCAUCACGGACGGCCGCCACGACCCCCGGGACGACGACCUCAACCUGCGGGCGCUGUGCAACCACGAUGUCACGGUGACAGCCAUCGGCAUCGGGGACAUGUUCCACGAGGGGCACGAGAGCGAGAACCUCUACUCCAUCGCAUGCGACAAGCCGCAGCAGGUGCGAAACAUGACCCUUUUCUCUGAUCUGGUGGCCGAGAAGUUCAUCGACGACAUGGAGGACGUCCUGUGCCCAGACCCUCAGAUCGUGUGCCCGGACCUUCCCUGCCAAACAGAGCUGUACGUGGCCCAGUGCACGCAGCGGCCUGUGGACAUCGUCUUCCUGCUGGACGGCUCCGAGCGGCUGGGCGAGCAGAACUUCUACAAGGCGCGGCGCUUCGUGGAGGAGGUGUCCCGGCGGCUGACGCUGGCGCGCAGGGACGACGACCCGCUCAACGCGCGCGUGGCCCUGCUGCAGUUCGGGGGCCCUGGCGAGCAGCAGGUGGAAUUCCCGCUCACCUCCAACCUGACGCGCAUCCACCAGGCGCUGGAAGGCGCGCGCUACCUCAACUCCUUCUCGCACGUGGGCGCGGGCAUCGUGUACGCCAUCAACCACGUGGUGCGCGGCGCGCGACCGGGGGCGCGCCGCCACGCCGAGCUGGCCUUCGUGUUCCUCACCGACGGCGUCACGGGCAACGACAGCCUGGAGGAGGCCGUGCACUCCAUGCGCAAGCAGAACGUGGUGCCCACCGUGGUGGCCGUGGGGGGCGACGUGGACACAGACGUGCUGUCCAAGAUCAGCCUGGGCGACGCCACCGCCGUCUUCCGCGAGAAGGACUACGACAGCCUGGCCCAGCCCGGCUUCUUCGACAGGUUCAUCCGCUGGAUCUGCUAGCGCCCCCCGCUCCUGCCCCUCGCCCGCCAGACCCACACCCAGGCCCCCAGCCUCAAGCCCCUGGCCCCGGCUUCCAGCCCCCGUCUCGCACUCCCGGCCCGCCGCCCUGCCUGCGCCCUCAGCCUCGUGCCCCAGGCUCCCCAGCCCUGUGGGCACUGUCCUCUAUCCGUGGUGCUACGAAGACUCACUCGAGGUCCCGCAUGCUGCAGACUCCAUCUCCAGGUGUGGGUGUGAAGUCAGGAAAAGAGGACCCCCGCCCAUCCCCAGCUCCUCCAGAGCGCCCCACCAGGCUACACUCCUGUCAGUCUGUUCACACCCUGCCCUCCACACCCUCCCCGGAUCCCAGAGGCUUUGCAGGGUGCACUCUGGUGGCCAGUGCUCCAGACCCUCGUGGACGGCCUGCAGUUCCCCUGGCCUUCCUCAGCCCAGCCUCACCCCUGGACUCCUCAGCCCCUCCAGUGCCCUCCAACGGCUCUCUGUGGGCCCCACCAGCUCUACUGGGCUUGCUCUGAGGUCUCUGCCUGGCCCUUGGAGGUCACCUGCCCCAGACUGAGCCGUGACAGCAGGCCCUGCACAUUCCUGUAUGCACACGCCCCAGUACAAUAAAGGCUUUCAACUGCCUCCUGCUCUCAACCUCCUUAUGUCUGUGCCCACCAGA